AUGGAUCUUGCAAAAGUUUUGCUUAAAGAAAAGAAACCCUCGUGCAAGCAACGCAGCGUGCUCACUGGGGGUCGGGUCGGGUCGAAGUUGAGAGCAGAAAAGUCAUACCGUGGAAACAAAAAACUUAAUGCCCCCCAACCCCCAACUUCACAAUCUUGGAAGUCUACAUUGAGGAGGCUUCGGCAUGUAAUGAUAAAUCUUGGGGAGAAGCUGACGGAGGAGGAGGUGCAGCAGAUGAUAAGAGAGGCCGACUUGGACGGUGAUGGUCAAGUCAACUACGAUGAAUUUGUCAAGAUGAUGAUGACCAUUGGAUGA